UAGUAUUUUUGGUAUAUUUUCGAUAGACGAUGGGUUUUGUCUCGGCUAUAAAACGGUCUUACUGAUUACAACUAAACACGAACAUGAACGCGGAGCUCAAGGAGAAAAUCGAGAGCUGCGCCCGUACAGCGGAGGAUUUCACCCGCCUGUACUACGCCUCCGUGGACAAUCGCCGGCACCAAAUGGGGCGUCUGUACAUCGACAAUGCAAUCUUCAGCUGGAAUGGAAAUGGGGCCACAGGACGUGAAAUGAUUGAGCGCUACUUCAUGGAGCUACCGUCCUCCAGCCACAUGAUGACCACCCUAGACGCACAGCCCAUUAUAGAUUCUGCUGUGGCUAAUCAACUCACCUACCUUAUUAUGGCCAGCGGCACUGUCAAGUUCGUGGACCAGACUCUUCGCAACUUCCAGCAGUCAUUCAUCGUGACCGCCGAGAACGACAAGUGGAAGAUUGCAUCCGAUUGCUACCGCCUUCAGGAGGCAGUAGUCUGAGCUCCGCCCAAAGAACACUCAAUAUAUUGUUAUAAUAAAGUUAAGCUAGGCUCGAUUAUCAAACCGAA